AUGUGGAGCAUAACGUUGAUGGCGUGCGACAUCAAAGCUGUAAGCCUGAUAAUCACCAUAUACUGUGAGAUAUUGAACGAAUCUGCUGCCUUCUUCGCCACGGUCGCUCAAUUGCGAUACUUCAUCAGCACUCGGACCUUACCUCUGUACGAUUGGGUGCCCUAUGAUAUCUCGUCAACGACCGCUUUCUGGGCAACUAUAUUGCAUCAAACCAUCGCACUAAUACUUUGCGCGAACGCCAGCGUUGCCCACGAGACUCUUAUUUCUGGUUUUAUGAUCCAGAUCUGCGCCCAGCUAGAUAUACUCUGCUAUCGUACUCGUACGUUGCCAGAAUCGUUGCGAGAGGCUUGGAAAUAUAGUAACUCGAAGGAAAAUUUCAAGAUGCGAGAACGACAACUAAUCCGUGAAAUCGUCUAUCAUCAUCGCUACGUGUAUAGGUUUGCAGAACGCAUCAAUAUGGUAUUUACGCUAAUGAUUUUCGUGCAAUUCUCCAUAAGCUCGACAGUGCUCUGUCUAAGCAUCUAUAAAAUGUUGACGAAGAACUUGCUGAGCCUCGACUUCGCGUAUAACUUGUCUUAUCUUGGUUGUAUGCUUAUGCAGAUUUAUUUGUACUGCUGGUUUGGCAAUGAAGUGACACUUAAGGUCAGUCAUUUAAAAAUUCUUGAACUUUUAAAGUCUACUGAAAUUGGAAGCGCCGUUUACGAGAUGGACUGGCCGAUGCUUCCUGUUGAUUUAAUGAAAACCUUUUUGGUAAUAAUUACACGAUCUAUGAGACCAAUCAAGAUAACUAGCGGAUAUGUACUCACUUUGUCUAACGAAUCAUUUAUGAAGAUUAUCAAAAUAUCUUACUCGGCAUACAACGUCCUGCAGGGAUCUUAA